CACAGUCAGCGCAUUUUCGUUCGAUGUUCACCAUAAACAGUUUCGAGUACGAGUGCACGAAAAAGUGUCGUCUAGUGAGCCACGGAAAUGCAAUCACUGCGGCGCUUACGAAGCGAGCCGUCUCGGACGAACAGCUGGCGGCGUAUAUAGCAAAGACAUGCCGCAACUUUGCCCACAUCCUGGACGAGUACGGCCGCUCGGCGCUGCAUAUGGCCGCUUCGGUAGGCCGGUACGCAAUCGUCGAAUGGUUGAUCAAUCAGGGUGCCAGCAUUACCCAGAAAGACCUCGAGUCGGGUCACACGGCGUUACAUCGGGCGAUGUAUUACGGAAGCGUCGGCUCGGCCGUAGCACUAGUCAAACACGGCGCGUCCCUCGACGUACCGGACGAGGACUUUGUCAAUCCGAUGCAGCUGUGCAGUAAUGUGUCCGAGCAACGGUUAAAAGACAUCGCGGGUGGAGAUCGUGGCGCGCUUGGACCGGAACUGAUGGUCUGGGGACAGAACAAAAACUACAACCUGGGGAUUGGCAAUGUGCAGGGUCGGAACAAUCCCGAGAGUAUGGAAUACUUUCGCAAAAGCCGUACCGGCAUCGGUAGGAUGGCGAUCAGUGCUUACCAUAGUGUUUUCUUGACGCACGGUCAGGCCGAGCUGUAUUCAACGGGUCACGGGCUCGGUGGACGGCUAGGAUUGGGAAUGGAGCACACCGUGGCAUUCCCGUCCAAGGUAACCGCUCCGUUGAAGGCAGGCGAUCGCAUUGUGGACGUUGCCGCCGGGAAACAUCAUACCCUUAUCCUAACGGAUAAUAAUAAUAUAUAUUCCUGUGGAGAAAACAAACACUGCCAGCUGGGAAUUAACCCACCACCACCGAAACUGCUUAGCUUUAAGGAGAUUACGGGUCAAUCAGCAAUAGCUGGGAAAACGAUCAAUCGUAUCAUAGCGAAAGAUUACCACUCGAUCGCCGUUGCCGACGCGGACGUGUACGUGUGGGGCCUCAAUGGGGGACAGUUUGGGUUCAAGCGAGAUCUCGCACAGAUCGUACUGCCAAAGGCGAUCCCACUCGUACCGGAAAGCGCGCAGGCGAAGGACGGUGCCAGUGCGGUCAAAUGGGAUACCACCGUCAAGCUGGUCGAGUCUAGCAAUGCGGCCAUCGUGGUGUACACGCAGUCCAAGUUUCUGCACAUAUUCACCGGGUUUAAGGUGAAAACGUACAAAAAGCCAUUGAUGGAGAAAAUCGAAUGCCUCUCGGUGACCGGUGGCGAGCUACAGACGACACGCGAUGAUGUCACCCGCAGCUCGGGCGACUUACGGGUGCUGGUGUUUACCGCUUCGCGCAACAUCUACAUAUGGUACGAAGACUGCCAGCAGUUUGUGCGCUGUGUCUUUGCUCAAUCGCGCAACCUCGAGGUCGACAAAAUCCUCUGGUGCGCCAACAAUGCGCUCGUGCUGCUGCUGGGCAACCUGUACCAGGGCACGAUCACGAACAAGAUGCCAUGCUCGGUACGGACCCAGCACAGCGACUACAAGGAAACGUACACGCGGAAGGAACUGUGCGAGACCCUACGGAGUCGGAUCGAGCUGAAGCGCAUCCGCAACCUGAACAAUGUCGUAGACUUUGUGUGCGACGCGGCCGGUGAAAACUAUGCCGCGUUGGUGGAAAACACCCGCCGCUGUUUCUGCAUGCCGGAACUGGUGGAAUCAAACUACGACUACGGUACACUGCUGGCGGACGCUUCGGAGAUGGAUGCCGUGCACGAUGUCGUCCUGUACGUCGAAGGCCAACCGUUCGCUAGCCAUCGGUUUAUCCUGUACCAUCGGUCGGAAUUUCUUCGUACGAUACUACAGAAGCAACCGAAGGAGAAAGAGUUCCAUUUGAAGGAUCACGGUCUUGGCGCGAUGACGGUCGGCGGGUUUCAGCUGGCCCUGCGGUUUCUCUACACCAAUAAACUUGUCUCGGUGGCGGACGUUGAAAAGCUAGCGAGGAAACCUGGUAAUCGGUCGGGUGCACCGGUAAAACCGACCGUGGCGGAAAUGAACCAGAUGUCCAGCAAGCUGAAGGGAAUGUUUGAUCAGAUGCACCUGGAAGCGCUGUCAAAGUCGGUCAAAAACUUGUUAGAGGACCCACCGAUUGAACCGUUCCCAAAGCUAAGGCACGAUUCCUACCCAGAGCUUUACGACCUCACAAUCGAGUUACAGGGUCACGAAUCACUUCACGCGCACAAAUGCGUCCUGGUGGCGCGCCUCGAGUACUUCGCCAUGAUGUUCGCCCACACGUGGACGGAGAAGCGCAAAACGGCGGACCUGAAAACGGUCCCACGGGAGUACAUGGACGUGAUCGUGCAGUUCCUGUACGACAACGAUUACGGGCGCGUACGGGGGCAGCGCUACUCGGAGAAUUUUCUCUUCAGUAUGAUUAUUAUCUGCGAUCAGUUCUUCAUCGAGGAGCUGAAGAGCAUAUACGAGACGGUCAUAAGCGAGCGGGUGCAGCUGCGCAACGUUGGGGAACUGCUGGAGUUUGCGUAUCAGUACAACUGCGAGGUGUUGAAGCACGUGUGCAUGCAGUUCAUUAGCGUUAACUUUGCCCGCCUGCUCGAGUGGCAUCUGCUCGACGGUCUGGAGCCGACCGUUUUGGUGCAGGUCGACCGGUUCUACAAGGAGUUCUUUCAGCUGUCCGACUUCCGUACCAUAACACCGUUUUCGGACGCGGUCAGUGACGAGGAGUUGGAGGAGUUUGUGCGCGAUUUUCAAGUCGAUCUCGACGAGAAGGCAGAUGAACCAAAGGGCAAGAUGACGGUGACACCGAAGGGCAAGCAGAUCAACACGCCAAAGUUCUCCCGGUUACAGAAGGAGAAGCGCAACUUUGAGAAGGAAGCGAUGGUGUACCUGCAGCGGUUAUCCUUCGAGGAAGCUGCCGCCGAGAAAGAGCGUAAAAUUUCCUCCAGCACCACGAGCUCGACAACGGGCCCGGGGAGUACUCCCGAUGUUAAACAUGAAUCGCCCCUAAGCGAUCGUCGACCGAACAAUGAAACGAUCGGAUCGGCAGGAAACUCGUGGCAGAAGGUGGCCUCCCCAUCGGGGGCCAACGCGGAUGCUAAACGAAAAUCAGCACUUGCGGCAGCCCUCCGAGCGAAUGAGGUGAUGAAACAGCAAUCGACGUCUCAGGAGCCGUCCUAUGCGAACCUUCGGACGGUUCUGGAGAAGACCCCAACGCCGCCCCACAUCCAACCGAUCCGAUCACCCGACGAAGGCUACGAAUCGGCAGGCAAUGCGACCAGGUCCGCCAUCAGUUUGGGGGAUUUCGCACUGCAAAAAGGAAAACUCUCACAAAAGCAGCGGAAACGGCUCUCCUCCGGUCCGUCGGUGGAGAAAACGCUGGCCGAAACGGUUACCGGUGGGAAGUCGCCGGAAGUGGGCCCCUCCACCGCCGUACCGGACGUACCGGUUAAUCCGUGGAAGAUUGUCUCCAGCCCACCGGUGGCCAAUCUGUUCAAGAUUGGAGAGUCCACAAACGACGGACCGGUGGUGGAUCUCGGAUCGUCAACGGCGAUAACCACGGUUGGUGGCCGCAAGCAGCGAAAGAGUAGUACAAACGAAACGGGGGAAGUUGAAAACCGUACGGUGAUCGCUGCGAACGCCCGACAGCUUCGCCAGCGGCAACUUAGCUCUCGCUCGAGCGCUGGGGAAAAGGAUUUCAAUGAAAUCCUUGCGGACGAGCGACGGACCAAGCAAUACUACGAGAAGAUUAAAUCCAAAUCGCUCGUACUCACGCAGAUCGAGGAAAGGGCGAUCGAGGAAUUGCGGGCAUUCUACAACGUCGACCAGGUGUUUGACGAGAGCAUCACGGUUGAGCGUUACCGGCCACCGUUGUUGGACGAUGGGUUCAACUAUGCCGUUUGGCAAUAUCAGUAGAACUAAUUGAAAAGUGUGGGAAAAACCUUUUUGAUAUGAUUUAGUUUUUAUUGAAAGUGUAGCUAAGCUACGCUGUGUGUAAAAUAAAAAGAAAAAGGACAUUGUAAAUGUAA